UGAUUGGUGGUCGGGAUUUUUGUACACCAAAGCAACAUCUGUGGGGAUACUGCCUUGGCCUUUGGGAAUGAAACAGCAAGAGAGUGGACAAAGAAAUGCAAUGGAACAAUGCAGAGUGGGUAGCAGUAUACCAAAAAUUGCUGUGUGAAAGAGACAGUAUGGGAAAUUGCUGUCAGGUAGCUUUGUGAUGAGUAGACUUUGGGGUAGUGAAAGAAUUCUAGUCUCAUUUCUACUAAGGUGGAGUAUAGGAGGGAGUGAAGGAAAUCCCCAGGAAUAGUGUGGUCCAGCAGGGAAGAAAUAGGCGGGAAGAAACAAUCCAAGGUUUCUACCAAGUUAUUGCCAGACUUAGGUCAUGAGAAGUACUUCCAGCAGGGUUCUGCAGGCACUGAAGGUCUGCCUAGAGCGCAGCGUUCUCACAAGUAACGCCAGCUUCUGAGCAGAACAGUGCUGUGUGGUAUGCCUCUACAGCUAACAGCAGCUGUGCCUCCAACAGGAAUAGUGAUCAGCGUUUCUCUUCUGUAGGCAUUGUGCACAGAAAUAAGAUGUAUUAUGAAUUUAAUUCAACAACGUGGUUAAAAUCUAUGCUUUUUUAUGGCAUUAUUUAUGAAAAGUCCUUCUAAAUUAUGACUUCUGCAUUUAUCCCUCCCGUGCUUCAACUGCUGCUAAAUGGACAACAGCCGGCUAGCUUCCGAUCGCAGUCAGCAUACAAAACAUGUACCAUUUUAAUCCAUGUGCUUUUUAGAAGCUGCUGGUGUAGUACUCAGAAUCGAGGGGUUUGUGUUCUGUAUUCAACAGCGUGAGCCCCGUGGUCACCUAGAGCGUGAGCUGCCAUUGAUAGUGUAACACUGUUUUUGCAACCUCUUAGCUAGACCACAGCUUGUAAAUAAAUCAGAUUUCUUUGAGAUUAGGCUGACUUCUUUCACCACAGGAUGAAAUCGCUUCUGCACGUACUAAUUCUGAAUUUCACUAAUUCCUAGCAAUUGUAGCAGCAGCACGGUGUCCUUCUGGUAAUUAUGGCAGACAAGCCGAACAGAUUGCAUUUGGCUAAAGAUCUUUAAGGCUUCUUGUCAGUGUUACUGGACUGAGAUGGCAGUUCCAAGUUGGUGUGGUUUUAAGGGUUAGUAACACUGGUCGUGUUCUGAAACUGUUGCUUAAUGACUGAACUAACAGAGUAACUGUUCAUUAACUUUUGUUCAUUAACUCCUCAGGCAGGGGACACAAUUCCUGAAGUUGCCACGUGUGGGACAGAAAUGGUGCCACCUAGCUUCAUCCUUCCCUACAGCUAAUACAGAGCAAUGGCACGGCUCUGGAACUGUGCUGUAUGAAUUGCCGAUGUAUUUGGCUGAAAAUGACUACAUAAACUAUUGCUUGCAUAGUUCUAACAUCAAAAUAGGGCUUCAGUUGCCAAUGCAAGGCUUGACCCUGCAUGCCAAAGCAGAAUCUUUAUCUAAUGGUAAAAAAUCAAACUAUUAACUUAAAGCUAGUGAGCUAGCUCUUGUUUUAAGUGUCAGACCAAAAGCACAUAAACACCUGUUUUUUUUAUGCUCACUGCUAGAAGCUUUGAAUUAUUGCUAGUAGUUGGACAUUGCCUUCUAGUACAUGUGAUAUGAUCAGUGAUAUGACCCUAGUUAAUCAAGUCCUAACCUAGUGUCUGGCAAUAAUUGAGUUUAGAGGGAUUUUAGGGCAAAGCUGAUGUGCAUUGCUAUGAUAAAAUAGCUAAUCUUAGCCUGCUAGUUGUGAAGGACUGUAACUCGAACAGUUUGUAAAAUACUGAGGUAAGAGUAUGUGAACUUUAUCUCACUGUCUGCUGGGACCACUGUUCCCUAAGACGCGAUGCUAUUUAUGGACUGCCAGAGCAAAAUCGUUUCAGUCCUCGAAGGUAAGUUGCGCAGUACUGCAAAAAAAGGAACGUUGUUACUCCCUCACGUUGGUGACCUGAUUGCUGACCACAUCACAGAGACGGCGAAAAGUUCUGUUACUCCGAAGUACAUGUGACAACAGGCCAGUGGUGAUACCUCACUAACAUACGUCGUAGACACCACUCUUCAGUGCUUUGGUAUUUAACGUCUGAAUAUAGUAUGUCUUAUGUAAUUCUUCCUUAUUUUGUAGUGCUUUUGAGUACAAAGGGCCCUGUGUGUGAAGUGUACAGCUCCACCAGCCCUGGUCUCUGCUCUGCUGAAGGCCAGCUUAGGCAUUUGGUGUGGGGUUUGGGUUUUUUGCACACCUGAGCCUUGCCUGCAAACGUACCUGCCCUGGGGCUGGGGCUGGGCUGCUUCAUCCCUGGCGGCUGCCGGUGCCCGGGGGUCUGGAGGAAUAAAUCACUGGUUUUGAGAUCGGGCUGUUGUAUCGAGGUGUGUUUCCAAACGGCAGCAAUCCCUCCCGCGGCAGGGCCGGGGCCGCUCCCGCCACGCAGCCCACCGGGACCCCCGGAAGGCGGAGCGGCUGCCGGCGGGCGCCGUGCCGGGGCGGGGGCGCUGGGAGCGGCCGGCCCCGCUGAGCGCUGCGGGAGCGGGGCCUGUCCGCCGCCCCCCGCCAUGGCAACGCCGUCCGCACCCCAGGAGGCCGCUUCCGCUGCCGUGGCGGCCCGGCCCCGCCCCCAGCCCGGCCGGCGGGUCCCGCCCGAGUCCCGCCCCCAGCUGUUACUCAUGGCCGUUGGUCGCGCGGGGGCGCCCGCGCAGUCGUGCUGCCUGAGGGCCGUGGGGCGGCCGCCAGCCUCCGCGCCGGGGGGGGUUUCGGGGGGCUCGGGCGGGCUCUGCCGGCCGCUGGCCUUCCCGCCCUGCCGUUGCUUGGGGUAGACCACCGGCGGGGAGGUGUCGGAGGGCCGAGUAAUCACAAACAGACGGCAUUCACCGGCUUAACGAGCCGCCCCCGUGAGGGGUGGUAGGGAGCCCCAGGAUGGCUGUCCGCGGUGUCCAAAUCCAGGAUUUUCCUAUAUAAAACCGGUAGAAAUGAGGAAGCUAAAUGAAGACCAACUAAAUUCUAAAAUGUAACACCUCAUCCUUUUUAUUUGUUUGGGUUUUUUUGUUUUGGCUUUUGUUUAACUGAUAAACAUGGUUUGGUAGAUGAGAAUAUUUUUAUUCAAAGUUUUCCAAAUUCUUGGCAACUUACAAUACUGCUAAUGAAGCAAUUAUGGACAAAACGGCUAAAGCUGAUGUUACGACAUUUUAAAUGCUGUAAUGAGCCUCAUGUAGCAAGAUCCACACUUAAUGGAGGGAGGAAGAUACAAAAAACUCCACCUGAUUAAGUCAGAAAAAGGAAUGCAGGACAUUGAAAGACUUGCAUAGAGAGUUUAUCCCUAAAAUACAGAAAUCAUAAAGUUAUGAGGAUAUAUCCAUACAAACUUGUCUUGUAUAAAAUGUAUUAAUGCUUUACCGGAAGUUCCAGUCCUGUGAUACCUGGAUGCUUCCCUUUGAUUCGUGUUGGGGUCGCUGGUGCCUUCCUGACUCCACGACUGACCUUUUGGUCCUGAGGCAGCCCCCCAGCACAACCCCUUUUCUUUGCCCUCGUCUGGGCUGACGAGCCAAAAGCCCAGCACGUUUCUUCCCGUUCGGGCGUGGCUCAGCCUGCCGGCUGCCUCCACAGCUCUCCCUGGCUUCGUCCUGCGUCCUGCCUCGUUACCCUCACCACACGCCUCCAAAUGCCAUCAAGUCUGUUUUCUUUGUAAUCACUGCUGCUGUAGCUGGUGUUUCCCAUCAGCAUAGCCAAGUCACUGGCGAUGUAGCUGCCUGACUGCCAAUUUGCAAACAUGUCUCAGCGGGAAACUUUAAACACUUUUAAUCACCCUCAUACUUCCCCCUCCUACCAAAAACCAUGUACAUAGCUACUAUCUAUGUCAUGUAAAAAGCAUAAAUUAAAAUGUAUGGUAACCUGCUUCUCAUUCAGCCACAGGUUUGGCCUGUACGGUGCUACAGUAUUUCCCAGUAUUAGGCUUUGUUUGCACUGAUUCUCUGUACAGGGAUGCUUUGGUCCUGGGCUGUGGUUUCUCUGUCUAAACAAUGUGGUAGUCUAAGACCUCAACUUCCUACUGCAGAAAUUACAUGCUUUUGUAGGUGCUGGUUUGUCUUCUUAGCAACAGUAGUUGCAAGAAGCAGUAGAGAUGGAGUGAGCUGAGAAGCUGUCCUGCUCUAAUGACGUUUGCCUCUGAAAGAUGGUGGAUGAAGAUGCACUAUAAAAAGUGAGCUCAUAUAAUAAACACUUAUAUCCCGUUUAUUAGUUAAGCCACAGGUACGAUUACCACAGCUAAUUUCUAAAGGGAUUUCUAGUUUUGAAAUCGCAAUCACAUGUUUUAGUGGUAGGUUUGAAUUUCUCUAAGUGAAUUCAGUAAAGAUGAUGGGUAUCUACCUAUUUUCAUUUGUUCCUAGAAUGGAUCUUGGGUAUGAAAUAUGGUGUAGACUUUAGCAUACGGUCCAUUUUUUUCUAAAAUAUUUUAAAUAGCAGUGACUUGAGGAUGCAACACUUAAACAAUUCCUGGUUAGGAAUUUCUGAGACUUCCAUAAUUUUUUUGCAUUGUAGAAAAAAAAAAAAGACCCACUUACCAACAAUUUCCACUGGAAUCUGACCUGAGGCAGAAUCCCUCAAGAGAAUACAUAGCCCUAAGUUUAGAGCUGCUGCUCUUCUGUGCUGGGGAAAUCUGAAGAUUGUAGCUGCAAGUUAUGCACUGCUGGUAGCAAGGCCACCAUGCCAAGGCACUGGGCAGCUACAUGGGGCUCUGGCCCCCAGGAGGUUUGGUCAGCUGGAAGGGGGAUUCCAGGGGAGACAAGACUGUGUUUGCUUUUUCUCCUCUGAUGCAACUUGCAAAAGUUUCCCUUUGCAGGCUCUGUCUGAGCAACAUCUCUCAAAAUCUCCUAAUCAAGGAUGGAAGAUGAACUGCAAAACUCUCAAUUUACCUUGGGGAGCGUAGGUUGGCAGGAGGAAUGCCAUCCUACUUGUGGGAAGCUCAGCCGACAGAAAUGGAGACCCUGGAUCUGUUGAGGAAUUGUUUAGUGUGCAAAUGGGACCUACGGAGGAGAGAGCCCAGAAUGCUACCUUGCCUUCAUUCCUUCUGUAAGGACUGUCUUCCGGAUUUGAUUCAAGGAUAUAGCUGUAUUCCCACUGAGUAUGAAGUUCUAUAUGAAGGUAUCCUUUCCUGCCCUGUGUGCAAACAGACCUGCUUUGCAAGGGACGUAGUUGAAAAUUUCUUACUCAAGGACUUUCCCACUAGUAAUUCAGCUAUGGCAAAGAGCUGCUCCAUAUGUGAAGAGAAGAGAUCUGCUCACAGUCUCUGUACAAGCUGCAAUAAGUGGUUGUGCAGCUCAUGCACAGAGGAACACAGACAUGGCAAGGAAACUGGAGACCGCUUCCUGUCUGCAUCCCUGAAGGGCUGCACAGCAACUGAAGAUGAAGCAAGUGAGUUUUCCUUAUUUUGUCCAGCGCACACUCAAGAGCAACUCAAGCUGUUUUGUGAGACCUGCGAUACCCUUAUGUGUCGCAGCUGCCUUCUGACAGAGCAUAAGGAACACAGGUUCAGACAUCUUGAUGAAGCUUUGCAAAAUCAGAGAGUUAUCCUGGAAAAUGUCAUAACUAAAGCGGAAGAGAAAAGGAAUGGGAUUCAGGUCUCAGCUAAACAGAUUGAAGACAGGUUGCUUGAAGUAAAACAUUUAUACAAAACAGUAGAAAAUCAAAUAAAAAUGGCUAAGAUGGUUUUGAUGAAUGAAAUCAGUAAACGAACAAACAUCCUUCUUGAAGAACUUGAAAAAAUCAUCAGUCAAAGGAAGCAGAAACUGGAGCAACAACUGCAAGGUGUGGUGGUUUUAAGCAGACAGGUAGAACAUGUGCAGAACUUCAUCAGUUGGGCAGUGUGCAGUAAAAACAGCAUCCCAUUUCUCUUCAGUAAAGAACUGAUUGUAUUUCAGAUCCAGCGCUUGUUAGAGACAAACUGUAACACAGAUGUAGGCCCUCCUCUGAAGAUCAGAUUUACUUGGGAUCCCUCCUACUGGACUAAACAACUGUCCAAUUUGGGAGGUUUCACUGUGGAAGGUGGACAUAUUUCUCACUCAGAUGUGCUACUCUCUGGAAAUGUGCAAGGAUUACAGACCACCUUGUUUCAUGGGCACCAUUCACCAGCAUUACAGGUGGAGCCUGCGAGUAGUCAGCCACAUCAGUUUCCACCUGAAGUUCAGUGUUCUACGCCUGUGUGUUGCUCGCGCUGCCUCAGCGUACCUCAGCCAAACAAAGCUCAGCCUUCUCACCAAGACAUAAACAGCCAUCAGAAUUUUCGACAACCUCCUGAACUGCAUCAGCAGCACUUUCCUCUGCAGUACAGCAUGCAGCAACAUGACAAAGAGCAAAGGAGUUACCCCCAGCCUACGAAGCUAACACAGUCUGGGCUGGAACAGCAGUCACAGUCAGAGCCAGAUAAUGUGUCUGGAAGGCACUUACCAUCCCAGCAGCUGCAGCAGACUGCACCCCUGGGUUAUGCUGUUGUAUCACAUGAGGCUCAGCAAGUUCAUGCAAGCCAUCCACAGCCAUUCCGCACUCAGGCGUCUUUGCAGACAUCAGCUGUGCAAGUGCAACAUGGUCAUCUCCAGAAGAUAAAAUCUAACCACUUGCAGCAGGCACCACAGCAGCAGCAGCUGCCACCAGCAUCACCACCAUCAGGUCACAAUGAGAACACCCACAAACAAGUCAUCCAGCAGAGCCUGGACAUAAUGCACCACCAGUUUGAACUGGAGGAGAUGAAAAAGGAUCUGGAGCUUCUUCUGCAGGCUCAAGGACAGUCCAGCUUGCAGCUGAACCAAGCCAAGCCACCUCAGCAUGUUCAACAGACCAUAGUUGGUCAAAUUAACUACAUAGUGAGGCAGCCAGCCCCAGUUCAGCAACAAAUCCAAGAUGAAACACAAGUCUGUGAAAAUUCCACUGAACUUGAUGCCCAGAAGCCUGUAAUUCCUCUUGACAAAAGGGAUACUCCCUCCCUGUCACAGUCACUAGAUGAAGAAGCCAGUGUUGGCAGUCAAUCCUCUGAGAGCACGUUGCAACAAUCGGCUCUCCAUCCAGUGAGAAAGUGUUCGGCAUCCUUAAGCAUUGUGGGCUUUUCAAACGGUUUAGAAAUGGAAUUAUCUUCAACAAGGUUAUCUAGCUCGGCCGAUCCACAGGUGCAAGGUUCAGCUGCUGUAAUGCUUGGCCCACCCCGAAACGCCCUUUGUGACUGUGAUACUCCACCAGAGUCAGUGCCCAGCUACAGCUUGGCGUUGGGCAGAGCUCCAAGUGACCUGAGCCCUGGGGCUGCUGCUGGCCUCGCACCAGGUGAUGCACUGCAGGGCAGCACUAAGUGCAAGCUGGAAAAUGAAGACUUCAAUACUGUAGAUAAUCCUCUAGAAAACAGCUUGGCUACUGCUGGGCAAGACGUAGUUAAUGAAUUAACUCUUUCUAUGCAAAAAGUGCUGGAAGAACCUAUUAAUCUUUCGAUCAAGAAAUCUCAGCAUUGCACUUUUCCUUCUGAACUGCUCAGCAACACUUCUUUCCUGCCCAUGAAUGCCAAAAUGAGACAACUUAGAAGCAAAGAAGAUUCCAAUAACUCUGAAAAGGAACAUUUUGAAAUGGAUAUGAAAAGCAAUCAGAAUAUCAGAGCUGGCCCUAAGGAGCAGAAGAUCCCCUAUGUGCGACUGGAACGUCUGAAAAUAUGUACAUCAGAAGCGGGGGAGCUCCCAGUGUUUAAGCUCCAGCCACAGGACAGUGAGCAGGGGGGCAAUUUCCUCCUGAUAAUUGAAUGUGGGACCCAGUCUUCAAGUAUGUCUAUAAAGAUAAAUAAAGAUAGUCCACCUGAAGGACUGAAAUCCAAAGAAGAGAACUCUGAGGACGGAAAAUUUCUCAUAUUCCAGGCUGCAGGACAGACACAAUCUCCUCCUGUAGACACUGCAUCUGUUGAUCAGAAGCUCAGCAAUGGCAUCUCCAACAUGAAAAAAUCUCCAGUUACUCAGGAAGUCAAUCCAAUUGAAAAUGAAGAUUUCUGUGCUGUGUGUCUUAAUGGAGGAGAACUGUUGUGCUGUGAUCACUGCCCCAAGGUCUUCCAUCUCUCCUGCCAUGUUCCAGCCCUGCUCAGCUUUCCAGUAGGAGAAUGGGUGUGCACACUUUGCCGUAAUCCAGUGAAGCCAGAGGUAGAAUACGACUGUGAAAACACACGCUACAGCCACAGCUAUAAUGCACAAUACGGCCUUGACGACUAUGACCAGAAGAAGUGUGAAAAGCUGCUGCUUUCCCUGUUCUGCAGUAGUAUGAGCCUCCCAUUCCAUGAACCUGUCAGCCCCCUGGCUCGGCAUUAUUAUCAGAUUAUCAAAAAGCCAAUGGAUUUGUCAAUCAUACGAAAAAAGCUGCAAAAAAAGGACAAGUCUCACUAUUCUGCACCUGAGGAACUUGUGACUGACGUGCGUCUCAUGUUUUGGAACUGUGCAAAGUUCAAUUAUCCAGAUUCAGAGGUUGCUGAGGCUGGACGAUGCCUAGAUGUAUUCUUUGAGGGCAAACUGAAGGAAAUUUAUCCAGAUAGGCAUUUUCCUUCAAUGCAACAAGAUGACUCCGAUUCUGAAGAAGUAGAAAGUCAGAAUGGCAAAAUGCCACCCCAAGAUUUUCAGUGGCCAUCAUAUGAACAGGAGUGCAUUCAGCCUAAAAGGAGACGGCGCCAUGCUGAAAGUGAAAAAAAUAAAAGAAAGAUGUUUCAGCCAGCUAACAGCCUUCCUCAGGUAUGACCUCCUCAAGAUAUGAGAUUUGCUAUGAGGAAUCCAGCAGCAUAACUGACAGAGUUAAGGUGUGUGGGAGGAAAGCAAAGCACUUGGGCUGUUUAUUUAAACUCUCCUAAUCUGCUGACCAUAUGCCUUAUUUCUAGAUCUUGUGGAUAGAUAACAGAUCCAAAGUGUUUGAAGCUGUCAAUAGUCAAUAUGUUAAAUCAUGUAUAUGUUUUGCAGUGUUUACACUGAAGUACUAAUGUUUUGGUGAUUAGGUAAUGAUGAUUAAUAAUAAAAGUAACAUGCUAAUACUAUCUAAUACUGCAGUACCAUUUUAUAAUCUGUUCAACAUGACAACUCUAUUUUAUAGAACACAGGUAACCAUGUAAUAAUCUUGCAAUCUCAGUGUGAAUGUUGGCCAUGCUUUGUGAUAAAUACAAUGUGUAGUCAUAAAAGCUGUAAUCCAGUUUACUUAUUCAAUGAUUUUCUGAGAGCUUGACUCCUCAAGGCCUAUGAGAUACAGUCUAACGUGAUUAUCUGAUUAGCUGUUUCUUUUGAAGCAGAGCAUUUUCAUUAAAUCAUGAAAAAACAAGUGCUAAUAAUGCUAAUUCUAGGGCUCUGUGUGAGCUCUUUCUCUUUGCAAGGAAUGAUUCUGCCAGUAUGUAAUUCAUGCUUGGUAAAGCAGCGUGGCACUUCUUGGGUCUCAAAGGUAGCUUUUUAAUACAACCCAAGCCAGUUGUUUUUCUUUAAAACAGAUAUUGGAAUUCAGUAAAUUAGCUAUAAAGCAAAUUACAUGGUUAUAGAAGUGCCUAUAAAAUAACGUCGUUUAUUCCUGUUUUUCUCUCUGCUUAUUUCUUGUAGUUGUGAUUACCAACAGUGCUAGAAGAUGAUAAUAAUGUGUAUAUGUAGAAGCUCAAACAGAAAGAAAGAAUGUCUAAGCUUUUUUUUUUUUUUUCAAAUUCACAAUGUAUUGGCAGAAUACCACCAAGGGCCAGAAGACCAAUUUUAGAGUUCACCUGAACAAAGGGUAGCAUGUAAUUGUAAAGCCUGAAAGGUGGGAUAGGUAAGAAGACAUGACACCUGAUCAGAGAGCAGUGGUUUGCAAGCUGCUUCCCACCUCUUCCAGAAGCAGAUGAGCCAGAAUUUUGCAUGACCAAUGCUUUCUUCAUGUGUGUGAGGGGCAUCUUCCUCCUUAGAGCUCUGCCCAGCAGUGUAAAGCUGGGCCGUGGUAUGGCUCUGGUAGAGAGGGGUUGCUGCGGAUCUCAAACAUGGUUAAAGUUCAUUUUAAUUAGGUUCCUGUAAAUAAAGAUGAUAUUUUCAGUAUAGUUUAUAUGGGCUAUUUGGUCUGGUAACCAUGUAUGUUAUUUUAGAUAACACUUUAAAGUAAAAGUUUAUCUAUGAAAUAAUAAGAUGUGAAUGUUAUAUUGCACUGUCUAUGUGACUUACUGUUUGCCAUUAACUUUGUAGCGAGCUAAUGUUUUCUUUUAUUUGAAGAAAUGAAAAUCUGGAUAUUACAAGCUGACUGGAAAACUGUGACAUGAAGGGACAGCCUUUACAUUUUCUAUAUGUGAAUUUCUAUGCAUUUGCUUUCUGUCAUACUCCUUUUGUCAAAACAGUAAGGUUCUUGGCAGAGGGAAAUGAGUGCAGGUUUGUAACUAAAUUAAUCACCGGUAACUGUGCUACAGGUAUCACCUUUUCUCAGUUGGUAAUUAAUUCCUCCACCAAAGACCUAUCUUUUACCAUUAAUAGCACAAAAAAUGAUAUGCUGUAUAGCCUUCAUCUAGGGGCAAAGGUAGAAAUGGGAGAGACUAUUGAUGACUUUCUCUUUUCCUGGAAGAGCAGAGUCAACAAGAGCCUGCUUCUAUUUCUUAAAGGCUGUAAGUUUGUUAACUGUACCAUUAGUUUUGGAGAACACCUGUUUUAAUAAAAUUUAUCCAGGAUAUAUUACACCUUUAUUAAAAAUAAAAGCGUACCCUUUGGAUGUGUGCUGGCAGGACUCUAUAGCUUGAGCCCUCUUAAGGCUAACUUUGCUUUUGAUUACUUCUCUGAGACAUAGCAACAGUUAAAAAAAACCAAAACUAAUAAAAUUCAUGUCAUGUUGAUAAACAGAACAAAACCUGAACUCAUACGUAUGCUGUCACAUACUUUCAAACACAAAUCUGUGGGUCAGCAACUUCACAAUACAUUGCAUAGUGUAAGAACAACAUUAUCCAUCUUGGAUGUUGCCUUAAAAUUGCUGGCUUGUGAUGUUCCUGCUGCUGAACACCAUACCACCAGGGCCCAUAAAUUCUUGGGGGUUUACUCUGUUGAAGUCCAACUGGACACUGGUAAUGGCACUGACAGGUAUGAAAGGAAGGGUCUCUCUUCUAAAAUCUAACAGUCCACGUGGCUCACAAGAGAAGUGAUGGUUAUGUAGUUACUUUUUCUUCUAUCACACAGCGUGUUUCACAAUGCAGAAGAUGUAGGAAUAGGAAAGGAAGCAAGGAGGAACCCCUGAAGUUUUCCUCUGGAAGUAAGUAUAGCAGAAACCUCAGCGAAUACACUAGGUUCCUGCAAAUGCAACCAAGGGCAGGAUUUUUCCUUUUGUUUUUAGUAAUGGGUUACAUGUAGAAUGGGAAAAUCCUCUUUGUGCUUAAGCAGUUGGAAAAGAGAUUAAUUACACUUCAGUAAUAGGUCUGUUGAAGAAGAAAUGACAGCCACAAAUUUGACUUUCAUUCCCCUACAGCCUAUUUCAAAGAUGUACUACUUCCAGUAUCAUCACAGCAGAAUGGUGUUGCAGUUAAUACAAGCAGGUGUUUAGCAAUUCAGAUUUAUCAAAUGACUGCAUGUUCAUAUGUGUAAUGUGCUUUGCUGAACAAUAAAAUAUGUGAAAAGUAUUUUUGAACAUCAAUCUGAAAUUUUUGCUCUUGAGUACAUCUGCUUUCAAUUAAUAUAUGGAUUAUAUAACAUCAUUUAAUACUUAUUAGCUAUUAAGUUGUUGAUAACUACUGAUGGCAAAGCAGAAUGGUUACAAAAGCAGCUAUGCAAACACAGGAGAUCAGCUUUCUAUUUGUGCUGGAAUUUUCAAUACCAAGAUGAUAUUUUGCCUUUUUGUUUUUCAGUUAGUGUAAGUUAGUGAGAACCAAACAUGCCAUGAUAAAGUAACAAAAAUGUUUGCAGUUUAACUGUAUGUAUACAUUAAAGUGCCAAGAAACAUACCACUUACUAGUGAGGUGAAAAAACUAUUGUAGUGUACUCAGAAGGAAUCAGAAGAGGUAUUCUAAAAUUGAAAGUGCUAGAAAAUGAAGAAUUAUGGAAUAAUUUGCAAAAAAUAGAACAAGAAUACUCUACUGGCAAAAAGUCAAGCGGACACUGCAAGUGUUUUUCUGUCGUUAUUGGUUCCUCUCGGUUUGGUUUAUGGGAGGAUAAAACUAUCAGCAGUAACCUUCUGACCUGGAGGCCUACUGGCUUGAGGGGGAAAGAAUCUGACUUUCGGGGUUACAGCUGUGCUGCUCUUCAGACAUAAUUAAGGGAGAAUUUGUAGGUAGAGGUAACUUUUUAAUUGUUUAAUUUAAUUAAUUAAUUUAAUUUCCUCUUUAUAGAGGAAAAUGUAGAAAAACUUCUGGGCAUGAAAUGCCUUCAAGUGUGAAAUACAGGCAAUAGACUUAAAAGAUAAAUACUAGCUGAGUUUCUCUGACGUUAGUUAGAUAUGAACAAGAUAAUCUGAGGGAAAAUAAAGACAAGCAGCAGUCGUGGGCUAAGGAGGAUGCACAUCUUUUGAAGCUGUCUUUGUAGAUCAGGAGCAAGAAGAGACACAUGGAGUGACUGUUUUUUGAGAAAUGUUAACCCACUGUCUGUUUUUAUCCUUUAGUAAAUGUUUAUGAAAGUCCAUUUUAUUGUGCAGUUAAUGUGUGUUUUCAUGAGAGCAUUUUGUAGAUUAGUAGCAUUUAAUCUACUAAAUAGACUUCCAUAGAAGUUUAUAUUAGGGUAUGCAACAGUAGGAACACGGUAUUUGGAUGGCUUUGUUGUGACAAGUGUUUACUGUGACGGGAAUACUUACUGUGGAGAUGAGAAAUUGCAACGUUCAAAUCUGUGGCCAAAUUUCUAGCUCCGCUUGCUCCAUUUUCUUUCCAAGUGUCUGAAAAGAGGUUCUUGAAAGAUACUUUUCAGAUAAGUUCUUCCUGCAUAGGAUGUAAUUUGUAACAGAUUCCCUGUAAACUCUAUCUCACAGUAUAUUUUUGCUGUAGAAAAGUCAUUUUUAGGUUAAGGAGAUAAGACAUGCAAGUGUUUUUCCCAGAACAAAUAGGGUAGUGUCUGAAGGUCAGGGAGUAUUUUGCUGCUUUUGGAGAGUGUUUGAGAUGGUUACCAGUUUAAUGGAAGUAGCAACAUGAUUUAUGGUUGUGCUGUGGAUGUUAGUUUAUAAGUUACUAUUCUUGAUUUUGAUUGUAGCGCCUAGGACAAUUAUGUCAGUACGGAAGUGUUCCAGAGGCAGUCUGAUACUGAGGCAAUGCUUAUUAAAUUUGUUGUGAAAGUCAGUGAGGGGAUCCAGGUUUCCCGUACAGAUGACAGAGAUGUCAGUUACUUUAGGCAUAAUAUAGAUGGUAUGUUCCUAGAUGGUCUGUGCUGAGAUGAUAUAUCUGGCCUUUUUUCCAACAUUUCUCCCUUACCCGAUGCAUGUGAUUGCUUGCCACACUAGAAUGAUUUUUUGACAAUGUUUCUCAUUAACAGUCAUGAGUUCACUUUAGAUGGGGGGAAAAGAAUGUAUUUUUAUACACUGACAUUUGGGCAGGAAAAGAAACAUACUUAAAUACUUUUCCUUUUCUGAUGAAUUUAGUAAAAGCAGGAACAGUUCUUACAUCUCUCAUAAAUUCCGUACUUGCUCAAUAUUCCAUGAUGAUCCUCCUCUAGGAAAAUGUGUUGGUGCUAUUUCAUUUUACAGUAGACUUCCUCGAGUUUCUUGAUGUCAUGCAGGUAUGGGACAAACAGAGAAGUCAUGAGAUGCCUUAUGGGAAAUUUACAGUUAAAACAUUGUAAAGUAUUCAGAUUGGAGCGAAUGUUUGGGUUGUACCUCUGAAAUGGUAAGAUUUGCUCCUGUGGAUAGAUGUUAUAGACUUAGCUGGUUGCCAAGUCUUGUGCUGACUGCCUACACUGGGCUGAACUUCUCUCCUGGCUGAAUGAACAAACACAGCACCCUAAUAGUGUUUCAAAUGUUGAAUUAAUCUGGUUUUAUAUGGGGCUCAGCAAAUGUCAGCAUAGAGUGAUCAUGAAAAACCAGUAGAACCGUGCUAUCUUCAGGCACUGAAAGUAAAACAGAUAAAAUUGGGUUUUAGUAGGAAAGUUAGGGUAUUGGAGAUGGGAUAUUUUAUGUAGUCGUUUCUGGAUCGUAUGGUAAUUUAUAAGUCUGUAUUCAUUUAAUAAAUAA